AUUAGAACUUUCAGUUUUCUCGACAUGCGUCAAGCGAUAGCAUUUUGUGUUGUGCUUGGCACUCUUCUGAGGCCGGGACUAUCGUUGAGAAUUUUUAGUCCAUCCAGCGUUGGCACCAGAUAUUUUGGAGAAUCGCAAGUUGGGAUCAUCUCUGAUCAUGGCAUUCAGAUGCCACCAAGUCCACCGCCAGUCAUCAGUGCUUCACCCGCGACUUCUCGUCAAAUUCAUAAUUCUAACUGGAACAACAAUAAUUACAAUAUUCGUCGUCCAUCGCGAUUAUCCAAUUCAAUCGUCACAUCAAAGCCCUUUAGUCUGAAUCCAACCAAAUCCCCGUCUCAAGAUAACGAGCGUUUGCAGUUUGGAGGUUUAUACAACUCAAUACCCUCAAGACCUAAUGCGAGGCCCAAUAAAUGGUCGGCAUUCAUCAAUUCCAUCAAACCUGUGCGACCAAUUAGCACUGUUGGUAAUAGGCCGACAAAAUGCAAUUGCAAAUGCGGUGUGAAACACGACGCUUUCAAGGUUGACGAUUCUGGUGCACCGCAAAGUAUAAUCGGAGGGAGGGAAGCUCAUUUACAUGAAUAUCCGUGGAUUGUCAGGAUGGCGGUGCAAGGUCGUACAUUCUGUGGUGGUGCUUUGAUAAACGCCGAGUACGUCCUGACAGCAGCCCACUGCGUGGCCAAUCGGAAAAAAGAAGUGAUGCAGGUGGUGAUCGGUGACCACGACCAAACAAAAACUUCCGACACAAUACACACAUUGAUGCGUCCCUUGUCCGAAAUCCAUGUUCACAAGCAAUACAAUUCGCAAAACUACUCGAACGACAUCGCGCUCUUAAAACUGAGCAAGCCCGUGCAGUUCAAUGUAGGAAUUCAGCCAGCCUGUUUGCCUAGUUCUGCCACUUUAGAUCCUCCAGCGAGAGUUGGAGAAAUCGCUGGAUGGGGCAGGACUGUGGAGAAGGGAAAAGGUUCGGACAGGAUAUUGAAGGUGGAGGUGCCACUGUUGUCGCAGAGAGAGUGUCGGUCGAUGAAGAUCCGAUCAGGAAGAAUCUCUGAUGAAAUGCUUUGUGCCGGUGCAACAAACAAAGAUUCUUGCCAAGGUGAUAGCGGCGGCCCUCUUAUUGUUCAGAACCGAGUCAACGGGAAAAACGAAGUUCACGGCGUUGUUUCUUGGGGCAUUGGCUGCGGACGCGAAGGCUAUCCUGGCAUUUAUACAAGAGUUUCUAAAUACACUGAGUGGAUUAAGAGCAAAAUGCCCAACGCCUGCCUUUGUUCAUAAAUCAAUUAGUCAAUAAAAUGUUUCGAGAUGAUCUGCUGAUUUUUGCACGUUAUAACUUACUUCUUGCAAGUAGUUUUUUUCCUGUCGUUUGUAAUGUAAAAGGCUAUGAUCAAAAUACCAAACUAUAGCUGCUAUAGUAAUAUUCUGUUGUAAUGGAACUUUUUCUGGCUUCUUCACCUAAUCUUCACCAUUUUUUUUUUAUAUGUAAAAACAAUCCUUGGAUUACUCGCGCCAGUUAAAAUCAUUCAAUAAACAACAAUAGCAUUAUUUUAAUAAUAAAAUUUAUGUAUUUGUUUAAAACAAGUUACUCCUAGCUGGUCAUGUGUAAGAUAAUAUCAAAAUUUUCCAAUAUAAAUUGUUAAUUAUUUUAUUAUUUAUUUAAUACCAUAUGCUAAUUAAAAAAAUACAAAA